GAUUCAGAGUUAGAUACCGAAUGUUCAGAAACAAUUCCAUCUUUCAAAUUCAAUAGCAAGGAUCAGAGAGAUGCCUUCAAGACCAAACCCACCCCGACCAAAGCUGUUCAUCAACAGAACAAGAGUUGUCUUCUUGAUCCUUACAAUUUCAUCUUCUCUUGUCAUCUUCUUCGCAAUUCUCUACUUCAUAUAUCACCUCUGGAAUUCUCUUCUCAACCGCUCUAGAACCAUCCCUUUCUCUGACGUUGGUGCGUCGCCAUCAAAGCUCCAGCUUUUCUCUUACAAAGAGCUUAAACUAGCAACGAACGAUUUCGACGAAUCCAACGUGAUUGGAAAAGGCGGCUCGGGGACUGUGUUCAGAGGCAUUACCAGAGACGGCAAGCUUUUCGCGGUUAAGAGACUCGAUAAUCUCUCUCUUCAAACAGAGACUGAGUUUCAGAACGAGUUACAGAUUCUGGGUGGGUUAAAAUCGUCUCUUUUGGUCACCCUUUUAGGAUACUGCGUGGAGAAGAAUCUGAGGUUCUUGAUUUACGAGUAUAUGCCCAACAAGAGCCUUCAAGAGCUUCUGUUCAACGAAGAUGGAGAUUCGUGCUUGAGUUGGGAAAGGAGAUUCAGUAUUGUCCUCGAUGUAGCGAAAGCUCUCGAAUUUAUGCAUUUCGGGUGUGACCCACCAGUGAUUCACGGAGAUAUCAAGCCCAGUAAUGUUCUUCUGGAUUCUGAGUUUAAGGCAAAGAUUUCGGAUUUCGGUUUGUCUAGAGUGAAAGUGGAGGGAGGUUAUGGGGUUGAUUUGUUCAGCCAGGAUCUGGGGAAAAGUCAAGAACUUUCUGGGAAUUUCGGAGGAGAGAGCACUCCUCAGACCGGCUUUGCUACUCCAACGCAUCAUGAGGUAGAUUUCGCUCUCGCUCUUGCUCUACAAGCUUCUUCAUCUUCGAAGAAUAGCAGAACAAGUCGUAACAUUAAGGCAAUGAAUCUGAAUUCGAUGAGCUUAGCUAUUGAAGGUGAGACAAAAGGAAAAGAGGUUUCAAACGAUGCGGAUGAUGAUUCGAAAGUGAAUCAUAUCGUGUUGUCAUGUGAGGAUCAUGAGUUUGAUCAGAGCAAGGAGAUGAAUUUGAGCCCUAAUUCGGUUCUAGAUUUGGGGAAAGGGUCGAAACAAUGGGGGAGAGAUUGGUGGUGGAAGCAGGAAGGGAGUGGUGAAUUGUGUAGUAAAGAUUAUGUCAGGGAAUGGAUUGGGAGUCAGAUUCACACAGCGAACCCGGAUUGGGAAGAUGAGAAGAAGAUCAUCAACACUCCUGAACUGGGAAUUUCGGCUAGGACAGUCGAUAAAGCGGAAGAUCGAGAUGGGUCUGGUUUGAAUGAAUCUAGGUUUGACACUCUAGAAGAGAAGUUUGCAAAGGAAGAGAUGAGUGAGAGGAAGAACAAGAAAUCGAAAAAGAAGAAGAAGAAGCAUAGGAAUAUGGAGGAAUGGUGGAGAGAGGAGGAACAUCAAGAAGAGAUGAACAAUAAAAAGAAGAUUAAAGUUCUGAGAAUCAAGUUCAAGAAUCGUUUAAAAGUCUCACAUUUUCGUUACUGUUUCCGUGGUAAGGGUGAAAACAGCGUGGAAAACCGGGAAGGAGAAGCAGCGGGAGAGUUUAGCUUCAGAAGAGGAUGGCGAAGGAAAAGCAAUAGCAGCAGCAAGAAGAAGAAGAACAACAAUAAUAGAUCAAUGGGGAGUGAGAUGUGGAGUGGAGAUUUGUUCAGCCGUGAGUUAAGCAGCACGACGAGUAUGAGAGGGACAUUGUGUUACAUAGCACCAGAGUAUGGAGGCGGUUGCUGUUACUUAAUGGAGAAAGGCGAUAUCUACAGCUUUGGAGUACUGAUUCUAGUGAUAAUCUCAGGUAGGAGGCCUUUACAUGUCCUUGCAUCGCCUAUGAAACUUGAAAAAGCGAAUUUGGUGAGUUGGUGUAGGCAAUUGGCUCAGUCGGGGAAUGUUCUUGAGCUAGUGGACGAGAAAUUGAAGGAUGUGUAUAACAAGGAAGAAGCCGGAUUGUGCAUUAACUUGGCUUUGGCUUGCCUACAGAAAGCGCCUGAGUUAAGGCCUGAUAUUAGUGAAGUUGUGAGGAUCUUGAGAGGGGAAAUGGAGAUUUCCUCGACUGCUUUCGAGUUUUCUCCAUCACCUCCAGCAAAAUUAUAUGGCAGUAGAUCGAAGUGGGGAAGUUAAAAAACAGGGCAAUGCAGAGUAGUAGUUUGAAGUUUGAUCUGAUCCUUUCUUUAUUUGUCGAAAUUGUUGGGUGUUACUUAAGAGAGCUUUUAGCUUUUAAGAAUUGUAUUAUGUUGUAAUUUUUGUAAACUAUGAAGGAGAUGCGAAUUCCAUCAAAAACCCAUUAGAAUAGAUAUCAAUUAUAGUUCAACUGCAGUUUCAUCUUGAGACAUUUCUCAAUUUGAUCGCCAGUGAAGUUUGUUUAAUAAAUCAUAAAUGUUCCUUUUGUGUUUAAUGGGCAUACUCUGAAUG